AAAUCAUUGGGUUCAAUUUUAGAUUUAAUAGACUGCAUAAAUCGGGUUGGAUAGUUUUACCUAAACUGAUUCAAGCCGUGUCUUGUCCAAUCCCGUGACUAUCUAACAGCGGACCGCACUUUCAUCGGGGCUUUUAAAAGACUUUUGGCGCCUUUUUUCCUUCUCUUUCGCGAAGGUCCUCUGCGCCAUAGCACCACUUAACACCUGAGCUCUCAGUCUAUACUCUCUCUACUGGUUCGCUUCGGAUUGUCUCAAGGUUAUGGCUCAUCCAGAACCUGCAAAAGAAGAUGCUCAAGUUCAUACUAGAAAUUAUUCAAGAAAACCCCGGAUUCUGCUUGCUGCCACUGGAAGUGUCCCUGCAGUGAAAUUCUCGCUUAUUUGCCGUCAGUUUUGUGAAUUUGCAGAAGUAAUUGCAGUUGCCACUAGGACAGCAUUGCACUUCAUAGACAUAGCAUCAUUUCCCAACAAUGUCGCACUUUUUACUGAUGAUGAUGACUGGUCCAACUGGAAGAAAGAAGGUGACAGAGUGCUGCAUAUUGAGCUUCGUAGAUGGGCUGAUAUAAUGGUCAUUGCUCCUUUGUCAGCAAACACACUUGCCAAGAUUGCUGGGGGAUUGAGCGAUAACUUGCUGACUUCCAUUGUGCGCGCAUGGGACUAUAGCAAGCCAAUAUUUGUGGCACCAUCCAUGAACAAGUACAUGUGGGGAAAUCUCUUCACACAACGCCAUCUCAAGGUAAUUGAUGAUGAUCUUGGAAUUUCCUUUAUUCCACCAGUGCCCGACGGUAAAACCAGCAGAAAUUAUGGAAAUGGUGUAAUGCCAGAUAUACCUGUUAUCUACACAACUGUAAGAAGUCAUGUUGGCUGACAUCCAUAUUCAUUGGUUUUCAGUAUCAAACUCCUUACUGUAAAAAUAAGCCUUAGUGAGUUUGCAUGUUCCUUGCUCAUAUAGAUGUUGCACAGUAAUAGAAUAAACUGUAGAAAAUCGUGGGGAUCUCAACACUGUAAAUCUGCAGUUCUUUUCACGUAGGAUUGAGGUAGCUUUAUAGUUUUUUUUUUUUAGAAGGCAUAUAUCGUUGUUCUACUCGCCAUAGUGGGUGUAUUUUCUUGCAUGCCUUAAAUGCAAUUUUCAUCCUUUUCUUUUGCGUUUGAAGUUUUAAUUCUUUAUCUUUUUAGGAUAGUAAAUAGGUUGAAUAACUUUUCAUGAAAUUUGGUCCUUUGGUCACAGGAGAAAAGCAUGAGCUCUGCACAUACAUUUUUUAGUUUGGGGUUUUUGUUCCCAUUGAUCAACUUCUGUCAGCAUGGAAGCA